GCCAUAACAUAAAUUCAAAAGAUCACAGCCCGAAACCUUUUUCCAUUGGCAAACUCCAUUUUCCACUCUCGAUCUGUCCAAAGAAAGAAAAAUGGCAGAGAAGAACGAGACAAUGUACAGCAAUGUCUUCUCUUCAGUAAUAUCCGAGAUCAAAUCUUACUCCGGCAAAGACCCUCUUCUCCCAUGGCUUCGAGGGAUUAAGAAAAUGAAAGCGUCACUUCCACCUGAGAUUUUGAACGAGAAGCUACCUCGAUUUUUGCAGAAAUGCACCCAAACAUUCGAAUCCGAUCGCCGUUACCGUAACGAUUUACGGUACCUCCGCGUUUGGUUACAGUUGAUGGAUUUUGUGGAUGAACCGAGGUUGCUGCUGAGAAGAAUGGAGAUGAAUCACAUAGGGACAAAACGGUCUUUGUACUACCAGGCAUAUGCUCUUUACUAUGAGAAGAUCAAGAAAUUUGAUGAGGCUGAGACAAUGUACCAUUUGGGUGUUCAAAACCUUGCAGAACCAGUUGAUGAGUUGCAAAAAUCAUAUGAGCAAUUCCUGAAUCGAAUGGAGAGACAUAGGAAGAAGAAAAUCCAGCGCCAGGAAGGGAAAACUGCUAGGAGGCCUCUCCAAUGCAGCCAGUCAAAAGAAAACAGUGAAGGCAUAUGCAUAGUUGAGGAUAAGCAUAAGAGGUCUUCAGCAUUACAUGAUGGUAUAUCGAAGAAGAGAGCUUUAACGGAAAGAGAGUUGGAUGAACCAAGGAGAAUUCGGAAUGAUGAUACGGUUGUGGUGAAGUUUGUUGAUACCGCUAUUGUUGGUAAAUCUGAGGCAGAAGAUGCCUGCCAUCAUGGACUGGUGGAUCCUACAAUAAACAUGAAGGAGGCAAUGAAUGCAAUUAACAGCAUGUUUCGAGAGCCUUUGGAGACAGCUCCUAUUGGGAGGAGAUCACACCGAAGGCAACAGAAAGAAGAUUGUAGUUUGAACUCUGGAUUUAGGGUGUUUGAUGAAAAUUUGGAUAGUGGAAUCAACUCAUCAAUUCAACCUGAGGAAAAGGGGCAAAAGGGUAAAGCUCGAACUUGUCAGGCUCAGGAGGAUUCAUUUAAAAUAUAUGUUGAUGAUGAAGAAGAUAGUGAGGCUGGGGAAGGAAAUGAUGAGAAAGAUAACUUAGAACAGAUUGAGGUUCAAAAUUCGAAAGGGGAUUCUGUGUCAUCUGCUUCACAUCUAAAUAUGUUUGUGUUUCCCUGUCCUAAUGAUUCACCUGAAAGUUCAGAUGAUGUUGAUGCACAAAGUUUGCGACGACCAAAGCUUAGAGAGGAUACAGUGGUUCACAGAUUUGUUGGUUCGACCAUUUCAGAUGAGCCAGUGGUAGAAAACGUUUGCCACCAUGGCUUAGUCGAUCCCACCAUUAACUUGAAGGAGGCUAUGCAAGAUAUCAACAGCAUGUUUGGGAAGCCAAUAGAUUUUGUAAGGGCAAAGAGAAAGAAGCAGGAAAAAGCCCCAGUUAAUAAGAAUCAAGAUGUUGGUGGGUUUUCUAUACUUCCUGAUGAUGAAUUGGAAAAUCAAGAACACCUGCCCACUUCAAAAUCAUCCGCCAAGUUAAGUGAUUGUGAUUUAUUUGAGCCAACUGUGUUUACAAAAGAAGCACUGGAUGAUAUAAAUAAGAUGUUUGGAAUGCCACUGGACUUCUAGAAGAAAGAAAGUUUGGAUAGAUUGCCAUGGUGGAUUUGCCUGAGCCUUUAUCCUGACCUGGCACAUGUAUUUGAGAUGUAACAACCAUGGAGUAGAUGGAAUUUCCAUCUUGUUUCUUCGUGUGACAAUUUUUUGAAAUGUACCCCAUUUCCUAUUUACUUUGA